GUAAAAAUCUGGGGUAGGUGGUGGGGCUAAAAGCUAAUGCUAUGGUGAUCAGCCCCCUCCCUCAUUGCUUCUGCUCAGGCUUUGAGAGACUUUCCACACGGCCCAGGGACAAAGGGUAGUCUCUGAGGACGUCCAGGAGGAGGAGGCGCGGGCGAGGAACGGGUGGCGCCGGGGCUGAGGCCUUUGGGUGCUUCCUGAACGGUUUUCGUGCGCUUGAGCGUUCGUUUCGUUCGUUCGUUUGUUUGUUUGUUCGUCUGUGUCUCUAACCGAACGCAACCAUGGUGAAGCUGGCCAAUCCGCUCUACACCACCUGGAUCCUCGAGGCCAUCAAGAAGGUGAAGAAGCAGAAGCAGAGGCCUUCUGAGGAGAGGAUCUGCAAUGCCGUGAACAUGUCGCACGGCCUGGACCGCAAGACGGUCUUGGAGCACCUUGAACUCAGCGUCAAAGACGGGUCCAUCCUCAAGGUCUCCAAUAAAGGCCUCAAUUCCUACAAGGAUCCAGACAAUCCUGGUCGCCUCGCUCUUCCCAAGCCGCGAGGUGGAGGUGCGAGCGGCGGAGGAGGUGGAGGUGGAGGCGGUGGCGGUGGUGGUAGUGGUAGUAGUGGUGGUGGUGGAGGUGGUGGAAGUAGUAGCACCUCCGGUUCUUCCAAAAAGCCAGGCCUGGACUGGAACAAGCUGAUCAAACGUGCUCUGGAUGGUCUCCACGAGGCCGGAGGUUCUACCAUCAAGAGCAUCGAACGCUUCCUGAAGUGCCAGGCCGACGUGGCCGGCUACCUGUCGGGCAGCGGCUCCAUGGGACCCGGCAUCUUCCACCAGCAGCUGAGGCUGGCGCUGAAACGCGCCGUAGCCCACGGCCGAGUCGCCAAGCAGGGGCCGCUCUUCCGGCUGAUCAGCCGCAGCUCCCACAGCGACGGCACCGGCUGCGUAUCGCUGGAGUCGCUGCCUCCCGUUCGCCUGCUGCCGCACGAGAAGGAUCGGCCGGUGGCCGAGCCCAUCCCAAUCUGUAGUUUCUGUCUGGGGACCAAGGAGCAGAAUCGGGACAAGAAGCCGGAGGAGCUCAUCUCCUGUGCCGACUGUGGGAACAGCGGUCACCCAUCGUGUCUGAAGUUCUCCCCGGAGCUGACGGUGCGGGUGAAAGCUCUGUGGUGGCAGUGCAUCGAGUGUAAAACCUGCAGCAGCUGCCAGGACCAGGGCAAGAACGCGGAGAACAUGCUGUUCUGUGACUCCUGUGAUCGAGGCUUUCAUAUGGAGUGCUGUGACCCUCCACUGACGCGAAUGCCUAAAGGCAUGUGGAUCUGUCAGAUCUGCCGGCCGAGGAAAAAGGGAAAGAAGCUCCUGCACGAAAAAGCAGCACAAAUCAAACGGAGGUAUAACGCACCGCUGGGUCGACCGAAGGGCAGACCGGGCCGCCCCUUUAAGAAACUGGGUCGAGGUGGGCGUGGCCGGCGGAGGCGGGGAGGUCUGGAUCAUAACUCUCAAGGUUCCUCGUCGCCGCACUCAUCGUCCAGUUCCUCGUGUGAAGGAUAUCCCGGUGACGACCGGCUGCUGUUCUCUCACCGGAGCGACGACGAGCACGGCGGCAGCCUGCGCUUCAACAAGAAGACCAAGGGUCUGAUCGACGCCCUCAGCAAAUUCUUCACGCCCUCGCCGGACGGACGCAAAGCCCGCGCCGAGGUGGUGGACUACUCAGAGCAAUACCGAAUCCGCAAGAAGAACCGGAAGGGGGAUCCAGACGGACGGACGGAAGGUGAGACUGAUGACAAUCAGGAGUGUGGGGAUGACUGGGGAGACGAUGAGAAGCUGCCGGGACACGAGAACCUGACGGAGAAAGACGUGGAGCUUUUCAGACACAUCCAGGAGCUUGCACUACAGAAAGUGGGCGUGACUGGGCCUCCGGACCCCCAGAUGCGAUGCCCCUCGGUUAUAGAGUUCGGAAAGUUUGAAAUUCAGACGUGGUAUUCAUCGCCAUACCCACAGGAGUACAGCAGACUUCCUAAGCUGUAUCUGUGUGAGUUCUGUCUGCGUUAUAUGAAGAGUCGCAGUAUUCUCUACCAACACAUGCGCAAGUGCACCUGGUUCCACCCGCCUGCCAACGAGAUCUACAGGAAGGACGAGGUCUCUGUGUUCGAGGUGGACGGUAACGUCAGCACAAUAUACUGUCAGAACCUCUGUCUGCUGGCCAAGCUCUUCCUGGACCACAAGACGCUUUACUACGACGUGGAGCCCUUCCUGUUUUACGUUCUCACGCAGAACGACUCCAAAGGCUGUCACCUGGUCGGCUACUUCUCCAAGGAGAAGCACUGCCAGCAGAAGUACAACGUGUCCUGCAUCAUGAUUCUUCCACAGUAUCAGCGCAAGGGUUACGGACGCUUCCUCAUCGACUUCAGUUACUUGUUGUCGAAGCGGGAGGGUCAGCCGGGCUCUCCGGAGAAGCCGCUGUCGGACCUGGGCCGGCUCUCCUACAUGGCGUACUGGCGCAGCGUGGUGCUGGAGUGUUUACACGACGUCCGCGACAAGAAGCUCACCAUCCGCCGGCUCAGCAAGAUCACCGGCAUCUGCCCGCAGGACAUCACCGCCACCCUGCAGAGCCUCAACAUGCUGGAGCACAGGGGAGGACGGUUGGUUAUGGUUCGUAAGGAGAAGCUGGUUGCGACGCACAUGUCCCGGCUCCGGGCCCGGCCUCGGCUGCUGGACGUGGACCCGGACUGCUUACGCUGGACUCCGGUCAUCGUCACAAACACCGUGGUGUCUGAGGGAGACGAGGACGACGAGGAGGGUGACGACGAUGAGGAAGAGGACAGGGAGCAUGAACACACCAACGAGUUGAAGUCUGGCCCAAAAAGUCCUCCCUCGUCCUGGAACGUAAGCGCAGAGAUGGAGGAAGAAGAAGAUAAAAAGUGCUUCCCAUCGUUCCCAAACAGCCAAAGUUCUCCGGCCUCGUCUCCCGUACACAACAGCCUCCCGAGCCCCGACUGUUCCCCCGUUCAGGCCAACGGUGAGCGCCGGGGCCGCGGGCGCCCUCCCAAAAACUUCCCCUGGGGAAAAGUCAAGGACAGACCUCGGACGGGUCCCGGGCGGCCCCGAAAAUCCAGACUUGAGGACGACGAUGACGAAGGUGAUUACCGAUCACCGGUGAACAAGCUCUCGGCGCCGCCAGAGUCUCCACCCAACCUUUUCGCUUCGGACAACGAGCCGAACGCGGAGUCGAAAGUAGAAAUCUCCCGUCACCCAAAUGCUAAUAUAACCCAGCGCAACAGGGGGCGCCCUCCGCGGAAAAGACGGGGCCCUAAGCGACGGCUGAGCGACGAGGCGGAGGAUGACAUGCCCUCUUUACCCACGGCGGCCAGGCUGAGCGAACCGUCACAGGGUAGAGGGUCCUGUUCCAGCGACAGCAGCGAAGACGACGAAGACGAUUACGAAGAGGAGAUGGGUGCCCGUUCCCCUCCUGUCCUGACCAAACCAACACUAGGGCUCAGAUGCAAGACUGCUCGGCGGCGGCGAGUACGGCAGCGCAGUCAUCCGCACAGCAGCGUCGUGACCGAGACCAUCUCAGAGACAACGGAGGUUCUGGACGAGCCCUUUGUGGACUCGGACGCGGAGAGACCCAUGCCCCGACUGGAGGAGGAGACUCCGUUUGGAAACGCCCUCCGGUGUUACCCACCUGCCCGCAAACACCUAGACCCGGCACCAAAACGGGUCCGUCCUGCCAACCUCUCAGAGUCUGAUGAAGACGAUCCCACUCCUGUGCUGAAGCCAGUCACCGAUUUGAGAAGGCCGGAGCAGAGAGAGGAGCCAGAAGAGACAGCAGAAGCUCCUGUCGUCACACCAGAGGUGCCAGUUAAGAAGAAGAAAGGUUGGCCUAAGGGCAAAAGCCGCAAGCCGCCACACUGGACAAAGCACCCUGGGAAAAAGCCAGGUAGUGAGACGGACCAGCUUGCUGACACUAGCCUGACUGCCCAGUCCUCGGAGGACCCGCCACCUCCAAAGAUCAAGCAGAAACCUGGCAGGAAACCUCGGAGCUUUUACCUGCAGCGUGCCCAGGAGGAAGCUGCCCGGCAAGAGCUGGAGAGAAGCCGAUCGACUCCGCUACAGACUGAAAAGACGCCGUCAGAGGACAGGCCCUGUAAGAGGAGAACCUUGCCCUCAGACCUGGACUCGGAAAAGCGUAAAGACUCAGACGAGGAAGAUGAUGACUUCCUUCAAAAGUCAUCAGAACCUCCUAAACCCAGAAGGAGAGGAAGACCACCAAAAAAUUUUCCAAAUCUCCAGACUCCUGUUCCCAAACCUCCCCCAACAUCCGAGCCAGAUGACGAAGAGGAGGCGGAAGAUCCAGAUCAAACGUGGACCGAAGAGAAGCCCAGCCGUCCUCCCUCUCGCGCUCUCUCCCAGUCGUCCAGUUCAAGAGUCCCUCCGAGCAGAGAUGAGGACAUGGCAGACCCAGAAGAUGAUGAGGAAAGGGAGGAUGAGGAUCAGGAUCAUCACAGCGACCAAGGAAACGGGAGAACGUCAGCUGCGCCCGGCAGCCGGAGGAGCGAUGAUCAUGAUGCAGAUGAUGAAGGUGACGGACGUCUUGAGGAGAAAAGCGACAGCAGUAAACGAAGAAAGAGCCAGGAGUCUGAUGAUGACGACGAUGAUGAAGAGCUUGAAGAUGAGGAAGAGGAAGAACAAAUGUCUCCUGUUCGGUCGCCACCAGUAAAAGAGGAACCCCAGACAACCGGGGAAGGUUUUUUAGACAUGCAGGCGAGCACAGCGCAGGAGUAUGUCAGUAAGCAAGAAGAAGAGGAAGAGGAUGAGGAAGAACCAGAAGCCGAAGCGGAAACAGAGGAGGUGCAAGAAGUCAAACCCCCGUCAGUCGACUCCCAGGACGAACGGCGGCGGCGGGAACAGGAAGAAUCUGCUGCUGCCGCUGCUGCUGUUGAAACAGUGACCUCUAUUGCGGUCCCUUCUGAGCCGCAAGACCUUCAGCCACUGGAAGACAAGUCCGUCCUGAUGAUGGAGACAGAACAUUCGCACACCAGUCCAGCAGAGUUCAAAGACGAGCUCAGUAGCCACCAUCAGCAUGAUCACCACCACAGCAGUGAGCUUGAUUUGGAGACCGUCCAGGCCGUCCAGUCACUCACACAAGGAGAAGCCCAAGACGAAGAAGCUGAGCAGCAGCAUGGUGCCUACCAGGAUUGCGAGGAGACUCUGGCAGCCUGUCGAACCUUGCAGAACUACAGCCACGGUGAAGCAGAAGAAGAAACUCUUGCGAUUGUGGAAGACUGCAGUGCCUCCCAGCACAACAGCCCCAUGCCCAAUCCACCCAUGCCUCCUUUAGCCAGUCAGUCUGUACGGUCAGUCAACAGCCCAGGGAUGACCCCCGGCCCUAUGGAGACUGGGGGGACAGGGGUGCCUGGACCUGCUGGAACUGGAGGUGGAACUGGGGGAGGAGGAUAUACCCAGAUAACCCCUGAACACCCUAGCUCGCUUUCGGCACCAUCCUUGCAGAACAUGGAGACCUCGCCUAUGAUGGAUGUCCCUUCUGUAUCAGACCACUCACAGCAGGUAGUAGACAGUGGUUUCAGCGACCUGGGCAGCAUCGAGAGUACCACAGAGAACUACGACAACCCCAGCAGCUAUGACUCCACCAUGGGCAGCGGAGGUAGUGGAGGCAGUGGCGGUGCCAUGUCCGUAUCUGUGGCGGCGGCUGCCUCCUCGUCUGCUUCCUCUUCAUCCUCCACUCCGUCGUCUUCGUCCUCGCAAGGUGGCAACAGCUGCUCCUUUGUCUCCACGCCGGGACUGUCGUCUUCCAGUGCUGCCGUAAGCUCCCAGAUGGCCAUGGGUAGUUGCAGUUUGAUUCAGCAGGGAGCUCCCGGCCCAAAUAGUGGCAGUUCAGGGUCCAAUUCUGGUGCAGCCGUCCCGCAGCCUCCACCCCCACCACCUCCACCUACGUCAAACACCCCCAGCUGUGGCAUUAAGUCUCCGCAGAGCUGUGUAAUUGAAAGGCCGCCGAGCGCAAGCCAACAGCAGCAGCAGCAGCAACAACAACAGCAACAACAACAGCAGAAGAAAGUUUCCCAGCAGCAGCAACAACAGCAGCAGCAACAAGCGUCAAACCCACAGUCCCAGCCUCCACCUUCAGCGCCACCACCCCCUCCACCCCAGCAACAGCCCCUCUCUCAGUGCAGCAUGGGAAACGGUUUUGCCUCCACGCCAAUGAUCAUGGAAAUCCCUGAAAGUGCAGGGAGUGGCGGAAGUGGACGUAGCCUCUACCAGGACUUUGGCGCUGGAGGCUACCCUCAGCCAUCGGCCACCUUCAGCCUGGCAAAGCUCCAGCAGCUCACCAACACAAUCAUGGACCCCCACGCCAUGCCUUACUCUCAUUCGGCCGCAGUCACGUCCUAUGCCACUAGCGUCUCUCUUUCCAGUCCCGGUUUAGCGCAGCUCGGCUCUUCGCCUCACCCACCACUCCCACAGGCCCAGGCCACGAUGACCCCUCCGCCUAACCUCAGCUCAGGCUCCAUGAACCUCGGAUCUCCUCUAAUCCAGUGCAACAUGCCCGGCGCCAAUAUAGGCCUUCCUCCGCCACCCCACACCCAGCGACUCCAGGGUCAAAUGGCCACCGUCAAAGGCCACAUCUCCAUUCGCUCCAAAGCCUCGCAAAUCCCCGCCGGCUCCCCGCACCAGCAGCAGCUUUACGGACGCAGUUCAGGGCCGGUGGCGAUGCAGGGCUCGCCCAGGACUCUCGCUGUCCAGCGCGGCAUGAUGACCAACCUCAUGCCCACACCGGCCGCCUACAACUCAAUGAACAUGAAUCCCCUGAACGCGGCCAUGUCAGCCGGUUACCGCAUGCCCCAGACCAUGAUGAACAGUGGGUACCACGGCAACCCGCCCUACAUGAACCAGACAGCCCAGUACCCCAUGCAGAUGCAAAUGGGCAUGAUGGGGGGCCAGGCGUACCCCCAGCAGCCUAUGCAGCCCAAUCAUCACGGCAACAUGAUGUACGCGAGCCCCUCACACCAUAGCUAUGCCGGCGUCCCCAAACAGUCGCCUUACAUGAGCAGAUGAGCGAUAAACACGCAGCGUGCAGAGAGACUUAAGUGAGGAUAACGUUAAACAAAAAAAAAGAUAAGACAAUAAACCCCCCCUUUCAGAAUUGGACUCGCGUACUCUGUUGUUUUUCGGGACGUGCCCACUUUCCUGAGACGACCACGGCAGCAGCGGUGGCGAAGACGACGGGAGGCGGGAGCUGGCAGAGAGAGGCUUAAGUGCGAGGGGGCACGGCGUGACACUGAAGGUUUUACUUUUGUACGUUUGUACAACUUCUUGUACGUUGUGGUUAUUAAAUUCAGAUCAGAGGAUUCGGCACCUCCCAGAGCCUGGCCGGAAGGCGUUACCCCAUUAUGCUGCUACGCAGUUCUGUGCCGGGGAGGUACCAGUUGCCAGUUGUCAAGCCAGCUGCCCAUGCCAGCCGAGCCGAGGAAGAAAAACGCAAAAGAAAAACAUAAACAGACACAUGUACCGCGACGUACCAAUAGGGGGGGUUGCACUCUCCCCUUACGCGACGACUUACAUCCACUUCUUCGCCUUGUUUGAUAAGAGGAGGAGUAAACCAAGCAGCUGCAAAGGAGGAGAAGGAGGAGCUUACGGAACUUUUUCUGAACUUUACGAAAUUUCCGAACGUUCAAAAACAGAGAACUUUACAUUUUGAACAUUGAUACAUACUGAACCAUGCACACGUCAUGUCUUUGGAAUCGACAUAGGAAGCCUUACCUGGGGGAAAAAAAGACGACAAAAUAGUUGUAGAUGGACUGUACUCUUUUAUUAUUAUUAUUAAUUAUUAUUAUUAUUAUAAUUAUUACCACCUUUUGUUUAUUUUUUUAAAGUAUGUUCUCGUUUUUUCAGACGACAGUUGAGCUGCUUGUGUUUUCAGUCUAGCCUCAUGCUUAGUUUAAAUAUAUAUAAAUAUAUAUAAAUGUGUGUGGCGCUAUACUUUUUUUUGAGGGGGAGGGCGGGGGGAGUGACGAAAACCACAUCUUUUUUUUUUCUCAAUAUUUCACUUACGAACAUUCUCGUAACGCGCACGCACACGUUUCUAUAGCCAGGAAUUCUUUGAAGUCGUGGUGGAGGCACUUCUUUAUCUGUGUGUUUGUGAGCGAAUAAGCGAGAGAGCGACGUAGGACUAUUACGGAGAGACACCGCGUAACAAACGUAUCCAGUAAUCCGUGUCUUCCCGGUUUGCAGUAUAUAGGACCGCAUGUAUUCGGACCACUGGUUCACGAUUCGGUGGAGGCCACCGCAGGAACAGGGAGGAGUAGGUGAGGGAGACUUCUGUACACGUAGUCAGUCGUAUAGAAAAGUCAUGUAAAGGACGCAAACGUAGCGAGCGAGGAGUACCGAUACUGUAGUUACGAUACUCUGUCCAACGGUUGGACUGGUCCGAUCAAAAGAGGAGGGAGGGCGCCUGUGAGAAAUCCUGUAGAUGUAAAUAAUUCUGGUACUUCCCGGUUCACGGCACACGGCAAAGACACCUAAACAAACAAACAGACAGACGGAUAAACGGACAGACGAAUGAACAAACUGUGUAAACUGUCAGCACCCUUUUAACGCAAACACUCCAUGCCACUAGAGGGCGCCAGCGGCAACGAAUGUGGUUGACUGGUAGUUGAAUCGAGGGAGGAGGUUUUCACUUAUGUUGGGGUCUUUUUCUUUUGUUUUGUUUGUUUUGUUUUAGUUAAAAGUUGAUUGAAGACAAUGGAAGGGUUUUUCUUUUUGUUCGUUUUUUCUUUUUUACGUCCCCUCAAAAAAUCACAGGCAGCCAUUCAUCCCUAUACAUAUAUAUAUAUAUAUAAAAUGUAUCUAAAACCAGCCGCAGUGAUGGAGGGAGACUCCAGGGUGAUGGGCCCACAGUGCUGUCGCGCCACCUGCCACCCGUCACCCCACCAGUCUGGCGACUUUCCGGCGACUUACUUGCCGUGCCGCCUACCUAGUUCCGGCGGUGCCAGCCUCCCUUUCUUUUUAUUCAGCGAUGAAGGAGACAACGUUUUUUGGGGUUAUUUUUUUUGUUCGUUAUGGACGAUUUUGUCGCACAAAACACGCAAACGCAGCGCGAACACGCCGUCGUCAUCCCGGUUUACAGUGCAUGUCGUACAGGGACGGUUACCAGUAUAGGACAGGACAGGAAAGUCGGUGGGGCGGACAAUUUCCUAUGUAUUCAGUGUCCAGUAUUCAAUGUCAAUAUGAGGAUUCUUUCUUAAGACCUGAUGAUGAAAAUGAUUGAUUAUUAUUAUGAUGUUUUUUUUGUUUUUUUCACGAUAUGUUAUUUGUGUGCUUUUCUUUGUCUUUUCGUUUGUUCGUUGUUUUUUUUUUUCUUUUUAAUUUUCUGAAUUUUAUCAGACUGGGCAGCUUUCUUUUAUGACACAAGCUGACUCUUUUUGACUUUAGCGAACUUAUUGUAGAGAAAAUGUUUUUUCUAUAAUAUAAAAACAAAAAUUCUGACAUGGAUAUUGGUACUGUCAUUUUUUUCACUUCUGUUUCAGGAUACAAAAAAAAAACAAUACAUAUUUUUUAGCUCAACUCUUGGGGUAAUAUUAUUAUGAAAUUCAAAACUAAAAAAAUUACAGCUCACUUCUAGUGAAUAAGAUGCCUUUAACCUUUCCAUUCCAUCUCAUCUCUAGAGUUUUCUAUCUUUGUGUAGUAUAUUAAUGCUAUUUUAAAAACAAAAAGGAAAUGUCAAAUAUCUAAAAGGUCAUUUCGCAGUUAUUUUUUGUUUUUUCCCUUUUUUUUUCAGUUUCGUUUUCUCGUGUGUGUAUAGGACGACUUCCGUACAUUAAGAGGCAUGUAAAAAUGAGCUCAGUAUGUCUGUCUGUUUAUAUUGCUUCCCUUUUUGUAUCCUUUGUAAUUGUACAUGGUGAGUUGUAAGCUAAAGAGAGAGAGAGAGCGCGGUAGAUGGAGAGACGACGGAGCAACGGCGUCUCGCUCGGCGCCUGCCUUCCUCUCUCCGCUCUAUUUUGUCCCUGUAUGUAUUUCCAUUUAUUUGUUCUUUUUCUUUAUUUCUUAGCAAGUACUUUCAAAGAACUCUGUACAUUUUAACAUGAAACAAAAAUAAAUUAUGUUGAGCCAUUUCA